UGGCGCCAUGUCAACUGCUUUGAAAUUUUCGGAGCAAAACAUUUUUUCUUAACUUAAGACACAUUUUAUUGAAAGGCAUACAACAUAAGAAAGAAACGAUCGUAGUUUCGCGUAUCAUUUUAUGGUUUCGUAAAUAUGAAAAAUACCACUUUUGUUAUCGAUAAUGGUGCGAACACCGCGAAAAUUAUUGCGUCUGGACUUUUCUAUAUAUUACCGUUUCAGAAAGGAUAUCUCGUCAACUGGGAUGUCCAGAAAACUGUAUGGGACUAUAUAUUCUCAAAGGAAUGCUGUCCUCUAAAUUUGAGUCAUCUGUCUGUGAUCAUGACCGAACCUAUGUACAAUUUCUCUACUGUUCAAGAAGCUAUGACAGAGAUAUUUUUUGAGGAAUACGAGUGCCAGAGUUUGCUCAGAAUUAAUGCUGCUACUUUAUCCUGUUACCAAUAUAAGACAGAGAAUCCUAAUACAAAGUGCUGUAUAGUAGUGGAUAGUGGAUAUAGUUUUACCCACAUAAUACCCUACAUAAAUGACACCAAAGUUAAAGAAGGUAUUAGACGCAUAGAUGUAGGUGGAAAGCUUCUUACAAAUCACCUGAAGGAAAUAAUAUCUUACCGUCAAUUACACGUUAUGGAUGAAACUUUUGUGAUAAAUCAGGUAAAGGAGGACUCUUGUUUUGUAUCUCAAGACUUUUUCAAAGAUAUGGAAAUUGCGAAAAGCAAAUUGGAAAACAAUCCUAUAGUAAAGGAUUAUGUUUUACCAGAUUAUACAACAUUGAAACGUGGUUUUCUGAAAAGUCCAGAGCCUCCUAAUGAACAGCAAACUCUACGAUUAAGUAACGAACGGUUCGCUAUACCAGAGAUAUUGUUUCAUCCUUCUGACGUUGGUAUUCGGCAAAUGGGUAUACCAGAAGCAAUUAUGGAUUGCUUGAAAGCAUGCGACGAACAAACAUGGCCCCAUCUUCUGUCCAAUAUCAUUCUUACAGGUGGAAAUGCAAAGUUCCCAGGUUUUCAAGAAAGAACUUACAAAGAAGUUAGGAGCCUCGCUCCCGCCGAGUAUACGAUAAACGUUUAUCUACCUGAAAACCCAAUCACAUAUGCAUGGUAUGGCGGUAAAGCAGUAUCAAAAGACCAAAUAUUUUCGAGUCUUCUAGUUACUAGGGAAGAAUAUGAGGAAGAAGGACACAAUAUUUGUUUUGAGAAAUUCGACGUUUAA